UAAUAUACUAAUUUUGGUUGUAAAAUCUUAUCUAGGAAAUUUAAAAACUAUAAAUUAUCAUGUUUUUACAACUUUCAAGACAAGUAAAUGUGCAGUUAUGUCACAAAUAUUUACCACUGGUUGGUGCCUAUUCUGGGGCUUGGAUUCAAAGGGGAGAAAAGUACAAUUAUUGUCACUAUCCUCUUAAUAGAAGUUUCACUACAUCAGUUGUCAGUUGCAAGGAAUCGUAUUUGAGUGAAAAAAUAAGGAAAGAAAUAGACCUAUCAGUGUUCAAAAGUGUUGAUUUUAAAGAGUUGAAAAGUUCUCCGUUUCCAGCUAUAGUGUAUGGAUUUGGAGGAAUUAUUCCUUUUGUUUUCCCUCCAUUGUAUUUCAUUGUUGGGUCUUACAGCCCAUUUUUAGCAACAUCUCAGUUGUUUUAUGGUGCAACAAUAUUAGCCUUUGUUGGUGGUGUUAAAUGGGGAAAUGCCUUGGCCAAAGAUAACAUUUCUCAUGAUCAAAUGGGUGUGAGUGUAAUUCCAUCUCUGGUAGCGUGGAGUUCCUUGUUAGUUCCUGAACCUCUUGGAUUCUUGAUUGUCUCAUCUGGCUUGUUGGGUGCUCUUUAUGUUGAUUUGGUGUCCAGUAAAUAUCCUCCGUGGUUUCGUGCUAUGAGAUCAACAUUAACAGGAAUUUCAGUCUUUUCUCUUAUUACUACGUUAUUAUGUCACAUACUACAUUAAAGAACAAUAUUAGGUAAAGAACAGCUGUAGUCUAAUAGUACUGUUAAUCUACACACUUUUUUUCUAUACGUUGAAAAAUUAUCAAUUCGUUAGAUUAAAUUCAUUAGUCUAGUUAGUUUGUCAGGUUCUACAUAUUAUGUUAAACUCAAUUUUGUAAUAUUUUUUUAAAGAAAGGCCAACAAAAUUAAUCUACAAUAUUACAGUUUAUCCUAGUUGGUGUUUUAUUACAAUGGUGGUUUUCUGUAUCUAGUUUUUCUAAUUGUGGAAUUUACAAAAAUAUAUAAACAUUUAAGGUUCCUCUGAAUCUUGUUUGAUUGCUGGUUUAAAAUAUUUUCACAACAGGAUAACCUCCAUGUAAAAAUCAAACUGAAAUGACAAUGGAAUGUUCAGAUGAACCGAAUGAAUACUGUGACAAUAGAGAGAAAGAAAGGAACCCUGACAAAGACCAAGAGAAGAAAGUAACAAAAGUUGAAUACAAAGAAGAGCUAGCCGAUGUAUCAAUUAAGACAAAACACAAAUGCCAAGAUAGUGGAGAAAAGUUGUUGAUUAGAAAGGCAAUGUUGGAACAUUUAUCGACGAAUAAUAAUGUUUUCUUUAGGCAGUUGAAAGACGAAGAGGAAGAACUCAGUAGGGAGCAAAAAAUUGACAUGGCUGAGGAACUACUUGACCGCAGUUAUGGUCUGUUUUUGGCCAAGUAUGGAAAUCAUCUUUUGAAAGAACAUUUGUGCUAUUUUGAAACCACAAGUGAGGAAGACGCUUUUAUUGUAGAAAUGUAUUUGAAGCAACUGAACAAAGUUUUAGAGAAACAGAGUCAAAGUCAACAAAUGAAGUUGAAGUCAGAGUUGAUCAAUGGGGAUGAGAUGGAAGUUGUUAACGAACCAAGCACUGUUGAGGAACCUCGAUUGAAACUCCGAAAAGAACUUCUCGACUACCUCUCCCUGAGCAAGGAAGCCCACUUCAAGAGCCAGCAGGUUGGCGAGCCUGAUCUGAGCCGGCAGGAGAAGCGGGAAAUUGCUGAAGCUGUGUUGACGCGCAGCCCAGCCCUAUUCCUAUCCAGAUUUGGCACUCAUCUGCUUGAGAAACAUUUGGACUACUUUGACCACGAGUCCAAUAAAGAUGACUACGAGAUCUCUUAUCAUCUGAAACAUCUCAGAAAAACACAUUGUAAAGCUGUUACCGAG